AUGACUGAAACAGAUUCAAGAAAAAAGGGCUUCACAAAGGGAAGAAGUGCCACAUUCAGCAUCGAUGGAUUCAGCUUCACUAUUGUGGCUAAUGAGGAUGGUGAAACCAACAGCAGGCCACUUGCAAGGUUUGCACGCUCAAAGUCUCAAAGUGCACUAUGGAACACUCUCACAGCUGGGACGGGGAGUAAGGAAAAAUUCAAAAUUCAGAGCAAUGUUCCAGAUGAUCCGCAUAGACUAGAAGAGAUCCUAGCAGAUGAGCUUCCAUCUGCAGAUGUGCCAGAGGCAACAGAGAAAACUGCUAUCAGAUUACGAUGUCUGGUGAAACAGUUGGAGAGGGGAGAUGCUUCUCUUGUAGACCUAAAGAAAAACCUGGAAUAUGCUGCCUCUGUUCUGGAAUCAGUCUAUAUUGAAGAAACAAGGCGAUUGGUCGAUACUGAGGAUGAACUCAGUGACAUUCAGUCAGAUUCGGUGCCUUCAGAAGUCCGUGAUUGGCUGGCCUCCACCUUCACGCGGCAGAUGGGGCUGAUGCUGCGACGGACAGAGGAGAAGCCGCGAUUCCGCAGCAUCGUACACGCAGUGCAGGCUGGGAUAUUUGUGGAGAGAAUGUACCGGCGAACUUCAAACAUGGUGGGACUUUGUUACCCUCCUGCUGUUAUAGCAGUGCUUAAGCAUGUGGACAAGUGGUCGUUUGAUGUAUUUGCUCUGAACGAUGCGAGCGGCGAGCACUCGCUGAAAUUCAUCUUUUAUGAGCUCCUCACCAGAUACGACCUCAUUACUCGCUUCAAGAUCCCCAUCUCAGCGCUGGUCUCGUUUGUGGAGGCUCUGGAAGUAGGUUACAGUAAACAUAAAAACCCGUACCACAACCUGAUACAUGCAGCUGACGUCACACAGACGGUGCACUACCUGCUUCUCAAGACAGGGAUGGUGCACUGGCUGACAGAGUUGGAGAUUUUUGCUAUGCUUUUUGCUGCUGCCGUCCAUGACUAUGAGCACACAGGGACCACAAACAACUUCCACAUACAGACCAGGUCGGACACAGCCAUCCUGUACAAUGAUCGUUCUGUGCUGGAGAGUCACCACGUGAGCGCGGCCUAUCGACUGCUGCAGGACGAUGAUGAGAUGAACAUCCUGUACAACCUCUCCAAAGACGACUGGAGAGAGCUCAGGGCACUGGUGGUGGAGAUGGUUUUGGCCACCGACAUGUCCUGCCACUUCCAGCAGGUCAAAGCCAUGAAGAACUUCCUUCAACUGCCUGAGGGAAUUGACAAACCCAAAGCCCUGUCUCUGCUGUUACACACGGCCGACAUUAGUCAUCCAGCUAAAAACUGGGAUCUGCAUCACCGCUGGACUACAUCACUGCUGGAGGAGUUUUUCAGACAGGGUGAUAAGGAAGCAGAACUUGGUCUACCUUUCUCACCUCUGUGUGACCGCAAGUCCACUAUGGUGGCCCAAUCCCAGAUCGGGUUCAUUGACUUCAUCGUUGUCCCCACGUUUACGGUUUUGACUGACAUGACAGAGAAGAUUGUCACGCCACUGAUCGAGGAGGCAUCAAACUCUGGUCUUGCUGGAUUCCGCAGGUCAUUAAUAGUUUGUUCUAUCCUCUCCCUGAAUAGUAUUACUGCAGAAGAUUCAAAGCGAAGCAGUGUGAACAGCUCAGGUUCUGAUGGCUCUCUGCUUACCGUGGACCUGAAGAACUUUAAGGCCAUCUGGAAUGAGAAGGUUUCUCAGAACAGAGAGCGGUGGAAGACGCAGGCAGCUAAAGAGGAGAAGGCCAAACGGGAGAUGGAGGAGCAGCAGGAAGCAACAGCAGAGAACCAGGAGCAAAAAAAAGACUCCGAGUUAUCAGAACCGAAGCAGGACGGGGUGGGACAGGACAACCCAGAGCCAGGGGGGAUAAACGGGCCUUCUGAAGAAAGCCCCCAUACUAACAAACCAGACGUAGAUAAAGGAAACCAGAAAUUACACAACGGAGAGGUGUCUGAGACAGAAUCACCAGCAGAUGAAGAUGAGAAAACGCUUAAAGAAACUGAAACUGCCUAGAGUGAUUUACAGUGGACCCUUGUCCAAAGGACAAUAAUCAGAACUGAAGGUACACAGCGGCCUCUUGUGGACACAGCUAAAGCUUACAUUAAUUUGUGUUUGGCCUCUUUUCUCUCCAAAAUCUUUGCUACGGGAUCUCUUUGACUUUUAAAGACUGAUCUUUGACGACAAAGGAUACAACUGAUGGCAGCAACCGGCAAUGCUUUUGUACAGUCUUAAAUCUUUUGAUUUAACGAAUCAGACCACAACAUCCACUCUAAAAGAGCCAGUAAAGAAAAGCAUGCAACAGCUGAAAAAAUAUUGGCAAAUUAGGAUUCUUUCUAAAACAACCUUCAUUUGUAAAUGCUUUUUAUGUCUAUCGGCAUGUCUAUCCCAGCUUGCAUCAGUGAUCAAUAUUCAUCCAAAUCUGCUUUCUGGCCUGACAACAUUGUGAUGUUUGGUUCAGCUGUUUUAAAUGCGCUUUACUUGACACAGAAUGAUGUAUUUCAGCAAACAUGCUCUGCUGUAAUGACUCAUUAUAAGCCUCGUUUGCUAAUAGAGGUUGCGUAUAUGAAAUCCGGAAUGUGUAUAUGUAUUAUUAUUGUACAUUAAUAUGUCAGCGCUUAGAUCAGAGCUUUUAUUAUUGAGAAAAGCUGUAUGAAGUGGCAGUAUUUCUAAUCAAGCAUGUCUUUGUACAAUUGUGGAGUAGAAAAAGCCUGACUCGACCUGAGAUUUUCCUUCCCGCUACCUACAGAUGCCUUUCUUUAUGUAGUCUUUCUGAAACUGACAGAACUGAAAUGUCUUCUACAGGAACACAUAUGCAGAGAAACUAGCGUUCAGCAUAGAUAAUGUAACUCUUAUUAAAAUAGAACAUAGUAGCGUGUUGAUCAUAACCAUAUCACUGUGCUUUCUCAGCAAUUCCUGGAUAUCACACAAAUUACAUCCUUUUUCUGAUUUCUUGGGGUUUUUGUGACAUUUGCCUGAUAUACCUCUGUGUUUCAUCAUAUUCCAGUCUAUCUUUUCUAUCUUGUCUGUUACGGUGACCAAACUUUCCUCUGUUCUUCAAUCAGUUAAACGAAAAAUGACAAAAAUGUAUUAGGGUAAAUCUCACGAAGGUCACAUUACACCCCAAAAAAGAAAAAAAGAAGAAAUUAUAUUUUCUAUAAUGAAAAUCAAGCCUGAUUUGAAAGCAUUUCAGCAAAUUUUCCUCCGAUUUCUUAUGGUUUACUUUUGACUUCAGAAAACAAAUUACUGCAAUACAAUUAUUUCGGUAACACUUUACAAUAAGGUAGUAUUCGUUAACA